UCUUUUGUGUUGAUCACCUCCGCUUCAGUUCUAGAAACUCUCUCUGUCCGGCUGUUGAGAUUUCUCUGCGAAUUGAAUUAAACUGUCCAAAAAUGUCUGAGGAACACCUAGUUGCUACUCCAAAUGAUCAGCCUGCCAUCACUUUGAGGACCUCAACAGGGGGUUCCAACAAGAAGGCACUGCUGGUGGCCGGACUGACAGUGUUGGCCACUUUGCUCAUCGCAGGUCAGGCCUUCACUGCCUACUCUGUGUACCAGCACAGCGAGAAGCUCAGCAUGCUGGAGAGACGCUCGGACCGUCUGCAGGAGAUGUCCGUCAUGGCCAGGGCUAAUCGCACUCCAAUGAAGAUGGCCGUACCCAUGAGCUCCGUACGUCUGAUGGCUGCUGACUACUCCGAUACGAAGGUGGAAUCCAAUUCUACUCCUAAAUCACCUCUGACUAAGUGCCAGCAGGAAGCUGCAGGUCUGGUCCAGGUCUCUCUGCCAUCAUUCAAGCCUAAGUGCGAUGAACUCGGUGCCUACCAGCCUGAGCAGUGCUGGCAGGAAGUGUGCUGGUGCGUGGACAAGAACGGAGCUGUAGUGGGUGACUCUAUGGUGAAGGGCAGUGCUCAGUGCACCAAUAUGAACUAGAAUCUGCCCAUAAGAACUGAGGAAUGACUCCAUAUCCACCUGAGGAUCCUUUUUCCAUUUAAUUUUUCUGCCUUUCAGAAAUAAAAAUUGGUGUGAAACUAUUAUGAGCAUUAUUAAAAGCAUUCUUGGGAUAGUUAAAGCUUGUUAAGCAUCAUAUAGGUUAAAGCUUGUUAAGCAUCAUAUGAUAAGCAUGAUACACUGUCUGUUAGUAUGGGCAAGUUGCAAGACACUCUUCUGACUUUUCAAUAUUAUAUUUUAACAGAAUAUGCUUACUAUCUGCUACUUUCCAUCUUUUAAGUUGCACUGUGUGAUAAAACAAUGAGUAGUGCAGGAAGUUAAACAGAUAUAUGUAAUGAAUUUGGAUGAAUAGAAUUGGUGAAAAUAAAUUUGUACUAACAAAA